ACGAUGGCAGCGGUGGGGAGGACGGAGCCGCUGCGGGAGCCCUGCACCUACCAGCGGCGUUUCAGAGUGGAUGUUAACGUUAAGAAACCCCUUCGACCCAUCCAAUUGAGCAGUGAGCAAGUGGCUGUGGAAAUCUGGUCUCUCUGUUUUCAGCUUGAUCUCCUUAUCCGGGCUGAGGUGCAUCAAUUACAGGAACAGCUUAGGGAAGACAAAAGUCCCGUAGAGUCAGAGUCUUUUCACAUAAGAGGUGUAGAUUAUGUUGAAAGAAUUAAACAAUAUCUGGAACAUCUGCCAGACCCUGUUCCACAGUUAGAGGACUAUCUGGAUUCUCAAGGAUUGUCGACAUUGUUUCCCCGUGUUGAAAUAUUUGUAAUACAUGGUAGACCUGUUGACAUGCUGGAACAACCUCCCUUGGAUGAUUAUUUUUCCCACAUUGGGAAACUAAAUCAGCUCCUGGUUUUAAGCCAGCAGUUGGAAGAUGAUGUGCAGCACCUGGGAAGCCACAAGUACAUAGCACAUCAGCUUUCAGUCUUAUAUAAAGUUAUAAAUUAUUUCAGUGGGUCUGUUCGUUUGGACAUCUUAAAAAAAGACAUUGAAGCUAAUUUCAAAGCUUUAAAAUCUGGACUGGCAGUUGGUGAGGGGUUGGAGAAGGAGCCUGUGCUACCGUACCAUUACGUAAACUGGAUACUCUGCCUUACUCGCAGUAUCACUACAAUUGUGUCCACCUUUCCUGAAGAACUUACAGAAGAAAUGUCUUUGGCCAUGACUUUUGCUAUGAAUUUGAGAUAAUGCUAAUGUGCGCAAGCACACUUUUUAGGAUGCUAGCGAACUGAAGUAAUAUAUUUAAUACUGCACUGAACAUCAGUCUGAAAUGAUUCAACAGUUAGCCGUGCGUUUUAAAGAAACUUAAUAUUGCUCUUUUCUUCCCUCUUCUGAAUGUGCUGGCUCAUACUGGUUUAGGUGCCUCUGUUACCUUACUCAAAUAUGCAUUCUUUGUGAGCCAGUAUAGAUAUAGAAUAUUCCCAGUUUAUAAUGACUGGGGGAGAGGUGGGGUUGGGCAGUCAUGGCAGCCCAACACAUUGAUUCUGCCCCCACACAAGCGCAUGGCCACACAAGCGCCUUGAGACGUUUUACUAUGCUAUAGGUGCUACAUAAGUGCAAACUUGUUGUUGUUCCUGUUGACAGGAGUCACUGGAUGGCAAUUAGGAGCAGGGAUCCUGGUUGCUUUCCCUCCUGCCACUUGCUAGCCCAACAACACGAAGAUCACCUUCAGCACCCCUUUUGGUAUUCCAGCUGAGACUAACUAAUUCAGGGAUCAAACCUGGGACCUUGUCAUUUUGCGUGGCUUAGUUCCCACAGUGCACUUAGCCAAAUGAGCCAUCAGAGGAAAGUUUGAAACAUCAUUAUCUAGUUACCCAAUAUAAUGCAUCUUGCGCCAGCCAGUUGUAGAGCAAAUGAACAUCGCAGGUACUGAUUUAAAACAAAUGAAGUAAAAUGAUAUGCUUUUAAUGCUUAAAUUUUCCUUCAUUUGACAUUCAUUCUCUCUUCUCCACCCAUGCUUUUCUUUAUUAGUCCAGUUAUGAUGGCCUCAUCAGAGGUGGGAUUGUAGACAAAUAGGUUGCCCAUUUCUCCAGCAUUUUCUAAGCUAUGUUAUGAUGGCCGGCGGUGUGGUCCCUGAAAAACAAAAUGGAGAAAAAACACAUUAUUUUUAACUAAUUUUUACCUCUUGGAUGUGAUGCUGAGCUUUGGAGCAUCCCACCGAGUAUCCAGACAAGACCUGGUACAAGUUAAUAAAAAAGCAAAAUGCAUUCUGCAGAUGCCGAAAAUCUGAAAUAAAAACAUAAUAUGUUGGAAAUACUGAGCAGGUCAGGCAGUGCCUGUGGAGAGAAACAGAGUUAACAGGCUGGAUUUUCCAACUCUGUGGAUCUUUAAAAAUGGCGGCCGGGACCUGAUUCCAGGGUUCCCGACCCCAUUCUCGAGGUUUCUCAUUUUCAGCAGGGCUUCCUAAGGGUGCAGGCUGACUUGGGUUGUGAGCCACUUGGCUGGCUCCAUUGCAGGGAUAGUCAUGUCUUUCUCAUCCUCAAUUUUCAUGGAGCCGGGCCAACUUUACAAAGAGUUGUGGUUCACGGCACCUCAGAGCUGUCAUGAGUCAUAGUCUGCAGGAGGGAACCUUUUGAAAGGUAAAGUCAAAAUUUUAUCCUCAUGGCCCCAUGCCAAGGGAUGCCUGCACCCACCUCCCUAUGGCCCUUUAUGCUCCCCCAUGCCAAGGUAUGUCACUUCGAUGUCCAUUCACCCACUGUACGCUGGAUAGAACUAAUGAACCCUAUAGUGACAAUAGGAUGUGUAAAAACAGCUUUAAAAAAAAAGUAGUGAAACAGCUGAGCCCCAGGGAAAACGUUGUUUGAUUGACCAAUGCUGUCAAUUUGAUCUCUGAUCGAUGCUGUCAAUUUCACAAUGUUUAUUUACACAAGAUAAAGGUUUCAAAUGCUUGCAGGUUCUGCUAUCGAUACUUUAAAGGGUCUGGAUGAUUUUUAAAAUCUGUUCAUGGGCUGUGAGAAUCACUGGGUAGGCCAGCAUUUGUUCCCCAUCCUUAAUUGCCCUUGUCCACUUUUAUAGUAAAGAGAUUUUUUUUAAGAAAGUGGAAAGUUAUUCGUGACUUUUUUUAAAGCUGGCAUUGGGGCAUGAGGGGCCGUAGGAUUGGUUGGGACAUUGCUUGGCAUGGAAGGGGCAUGAGGACCAUAGGGGCUCAGGAUGCAUGAAGUGGCAUGGAUGGGGCAUGGGAAGGUGGGUGUGAGAGGUAAGGGCUGGAGGGCCUUUCUGCUUCUUUAUAACUGGGAUGAAGUCCCACUGCACCGAGGCGGGUCUUUCAAACAGCCCGCCUCUGCACCCGGACUUUUUUCCCUGGUUGGCUGGCCUGGCUGCAGCUUGCAUCCGUGCCCCUACCCUGGAAUGAAAAUCCCGUCCUUCCUGGCACUUUCUCCCUAGCUGGGUGGGCCAAGCCAGGAAUUUCCCAACUCCCACUACAGGCCUCGUGGAUGGAAAUCGAGCCCAAUGUUUCAGGUCGAGAUGGCCUUUCAUCAGAAUGCAGAUUAAACUUUUCUGAUAAAAGUUAACAUGUGCUUUGUGAGGAUUUUAACAUUGAUCAAUGCUGUGACUUGAACCCUUUAGCAGAGUAGUUCGAAAAUUCAGCAAGCAAUCAGUGGAGAACAAAUCUUCUCUGUCUCAAUUACUACAACCCAAAUCUUUAUGCAAAUGGAUUGGUCAGGAUAGCAAACAAGUUUUUGGCUUUAUUUCUGGCAGCUGGGAUUAUUUCUGUUCUUGAUCUCAAACAACCAAAACUGUUUUCACUAACAACAAUUUCAUUUUUAAAUAUGGAAGAGAAUAUAUAGCAAAGCAAAAAUUGAUAACCAAAUGCUCAUAUAGGCACAUAUGACUUAACUUCUCCAUCUGGGGUUAAUUUAUAAGCAAUUAGUCCACUAAGACAUCCCUUUCCUAUCUCUAGUAUUUUUUAUAUCCAGUUUAAUCACAGAAUGGCUUUGGAUGAAGAAAUGUCUUCAGCCAAAGUGAUCUAAUCUUUUUGGAGCACUUACUUGCUAUUAUGACAUUUUGUUCCUUAAAUAAUUCCAGGCUCUAGCUUCUCCCAACCUGUUCCAGCUGUUCAUAAUCCUCUGCAAAUAGAAGAAGAAACAUUUAAUGCCCGUCAUAAAUAUGCCUUUCACAAUCCGAACCUGUGCUUUCUUGUUCUCCUCUCCUUGUGUAUCUGAAAACAUAGGCCCAGACCUGCUGAUCAGGAUUGGAAACCUUAUUUCCAAGCCUGAUCAGACAAAAAAUGCGCACUUGCCUUCUUCCGAUUUUUCUGAGCGAUCUCCCGAUGGAGGAUCCUUCACAACUGACUCUGCGCUGCUUCCUACGAGGUUUGCUGCACUGAGGAUUCACGCAGAAGCCAUGCUCCCUUUUGCGGCACUAGCUGCUGCAUUCCAAUAAGUAGAGUUUAAAUAUUCCAAACGUGCUUUGAGAACAGCUAUGGAGAGA